UGCGCCGGCGGCGCCAGGCCAUUGAUCUGCGUGGGGUUCCCUGUCUGGCGUCCGACUGACGAGCGUGGCUCCCGGCGGCCGGGCGCAGGAGGUGGGGUUGCGCCUGGCGGGGAGGGCCCUGCGAGCGCGCGUGACCCGGCUGCUGGAUGUCAAGCUGGCGCCCCGGCGCUCGGGGCUCCUCUUGAUGGACCACACGCGGGCCCUUGUGCAUGUCAGCUCCCCGGAUUUGGCGUAUCGGGUGGUGGAUCCGCCGCUGACGGUGUCGCUGCAGGUGCCGCGGCUGGCCGAGCCCAUCCGCCUGCCGGCGGUCAACAAGCCCGGCUCGCUGGCGAUGGCCAACCGGCAGGUGCUGCUUUCGGAGCGGACCAUGAACGGGCUUCGGCCGUACUUCCUGCAGGACGAGAUGGAUGUGCUGUUCAACGGCAAGUUCCAGAUGACCGGGCGCGGCAAGUCCGGGAUCCGGCGCAACCAGGCGGUCCUCGGGGAGAGCCUGCGCUGGCCGGUCAUGGACACGAUUUUCCUGACGCCCGACCGGACGCCGGACGUGUGGUCGGCCUUCUGCCAGGUCACCUGGGCCGGGGACGGCAAGCCGCCAGCGCUGGACGUCCAGCAGCUGGAGGACCUCCUCUUCCGGACCCUUCCCCGGUCCCCGUGCUCGGACCAGACGUACCGCGGGGUGCCGGGCUACCCGGAGAUGGGCUUCACCCUGACCAACAUGCUGACGGCGGAUAAUGUGAGCAUUAUGAUCGGGACCGUGGCCGCGGGGCUGACGCGCGUGUCCUUCGACACCUCGGGCAGCGGGAUAGCGGUGGCCCUGCCGCCGGCGGCCAUGCUGCUUGCCGGCCGGCGGACACUGCUGCUGGAGCUGGCCUUCGUGCGGUCCAAGUCGCCGCUGUACUCGGGGCUGAUGCUGCCGCGGGAGGUUUUCCAGCUGCUGUUCGAGACGCUUGGCGAGGCGGCCCUGCCGGAGUGCCUGUUCUUCCAGCUCCAUGGGCGGACCUUUUUCGCGAGGCCGGCCGACGCGCACGACGCCCCGCGAGCCAUACGCCUGUGCGAGGAUUUCCGGCACUUCGUCACGGAUGUCUCGGGGCCGGCGCUGCCCUGGGUGCGCCUGCGCACCCCGGUCCGCCUGGGCAUGGUGCACUUGCGCGUGGCCCCGGCCGGCGGCAUGGCGCGGCCGGCGACCACCAGCCUCACCGAGGGGGACCUGCAUGCGGCCCUGGGCCGGGUGUUCCCGGACUCGGUUGUGGUGCUGCUCGAGGCCCGGGCCCUGGUGGUCGAGGGGCUGGUCCUCACGCCGGAGCUGCUGCUGGACACCAAUGAGCAGGAAAUCCCCUGUGGUCUUCUCUGCCCGGAGGCGACGCGGGUGGUCUUCCACUUGAAGGCCGUGACGCUGGGCCGGGCCGCCGACUGAGGAUGCUGCCCGGGCACAUGCCACCGUGUGGCCGGGGGCGCCGGGCUCGGCCGGCCGGCCGGCCGGCGGGCAGCCCUUCGAGCGCACCCUGGGCGGCGCCGCACAUACAACACACCCAUGGAAGCAAAGGGGUCCCCGCAAAGGGCAGAGGCAAGGCCCCCGGGCGCGUCGGGGCCGCGAGGCGAGAGCCGCCCCGGCCAGGAGUGGGGGCCGAGCGCGCGAGCCGGUGCCGGGCCGGGGGGGGGGG